GCGGCGCGGCUGCAUCAGCGCUGACGUGAGGCCGACGUGCGGCUCCGCCCGGCUCGAUCCCCCCCACCCCCUGUGACGGGGGCAGCACGUACGGGGCGGCGGACUGAUGACCAUGGAAAUGGUUGAACAGGAUGACAAUGCAGUGGAUUCUAUUACAGAGAGAAGUGCUGGUCACCUUCCGAAUCAGCCAGGCCAAAGUCAGAUUUCCUCAGGAUCUGAGGUUUCUGUAGCUGCUUCCAGUGCUGGAAGAGGAUCUCCAGCUGUAACUCUAGUGCAGUUGCCUUCUGGUCAAACUGUUCAUGUCCAGGGUGUUAUUCAAGCCACACAGCCCUCAGUCAUUCAGUCACCACAUAUGCAAGCUAUUCAGGUAGCAUCGAUUGCAGAUGAAGCUGCACAUUCAGAAGUGAUAAUUGAUUCUCAAAAACGUAGGGAAAUACUUUCAAGAAGGCCUUCAUACCGAAAAAUUUUGAAUGAGCUCUCUUCAGAUGCUCCUGCAGUAUCGAAGAUUGAAGAAGAAGAGAAGUCAGAAGAUGAAGGAACGCCUUCUGGUAUUUCUGCAAUGGCCAUGCCAACCAGCCUGUAUCAUACUAACACAGGGCAAUACCUUACCAUAUCUCAAGGUGGUACAAUUCAGACUCUGACAAAUUCAGGAGCUCCUCAGCCAGGCGCUACCAUUGUGCAAUAUGCAGCACAGUCAUCUGAUGGCACGCAACAGUUUUUUGUUCCUGGAAGUCAAGUUGUUGUUCAAGCUGCCACUGGAGACAUGCCAGCUUACCAGAUUCGAACUCCUACUACUACCUUGCCUCAGGGAGUGGUUAUGGCAGCCUCACCAGGGACUUUGCAUAGCCCUCAGCAAAUGGCGGAAGAGGCAACACGCAAGAGAGAGCUGAGACUUUUGAAAAAUAGGGAAGCUGCCAGAGAAUGUCGCAGAAAGAAGAAAGAAUAUGUCAAAUGUCUUGAAAAUCGUGUGGCUGUGCUUGAAAACCAAAACAAGACUCUCAUUGAGGAACUCAAGGCCCUCAAAGAUCUUUAUUGUCAUAAAGCAGAAUAACUGUCUUUCAUUUGGACCUCCUUUAUUAUGAACUUUAAUCAAGGCAUGAGAGGAAGCAAUUCUACAGAUUGCCAUAUGAACUUGAGAAAGAGACACAUGAGGCCCUUGUGGAACCCAGUUUUGCUUAGUGUUUUCAGACUGAUUUGGGAGAUAUUCCAAAAUUUGGAAUUCUGUCAUAGUCUCCAUACUCUGCUGAGCUUUCUAAUGGCAUGCAAAUGGCUUUUUUGUUUGCACUUUUUACUUCUGCUUUUUGCAGGGAAGCUGCUAAAGAAUGUCGACGUCGGAAGAAAGAAUACAUAAAAUGUCUGGAGAGUCGUGUUGCAGUGCUAGAAGUUCAGAACAAGAAACUUAUACAGGAGCUUGAAACCCUAAAAGACAUUUGUUCUUCCAAAACAGAUUAGUAAAAAUAUUUAUUAUACUGUGAACUAAGAUAUGUCCAGUUGCUUUAUAAGACAAUACAUAGCCAACAUGACUUAUGGCUUUCUCUUUGUGUCAUUUAUAAUAUAUUCCAACUCCUAACAUUCCUGAAUGCUUUCCUGCUUUUUGUCAGUUCAUAGCUCUAAUUUCAGGUUUUUCAUGCACCAUCCUUCUGUCUCCCAAGGAGCCAAAUGUUAAAAAAUAUAACGAAGUAAAAAAUUUCUAAGAGCUGUUUCUUUGCCAUAUAUUUACGUACUACUUUCUACAUGUUAUUGAGUGUCCUGCACAUUCAAAAUAUUUUGCAAUUGUUUUAGAUGAAUCAUAAAGAUAAUGCAUCCAGUAAUACAAGAAAAUCAAACAACCCAAGGUAUCUCAGGAAAGAGUUUAUAAAAGAAUGUUAUGAUUAUAUGUAUGUACUAGCAUACUAGUCUACAGAUGAUUUUAUGGCAUAUUUUUAUAUUAGUUGCUUUGUGGAAAAAAGUAUUGUAUUGCUGUCACUGAGUGCCAUGGUUAAAGAUAGUUUUUAAUAGAACCAUGUUGUUUAACCUGUGUAGUGUCUGAUUUCCUUUAAAAAUCUGGUUGAGAUGCUUUAAAAUCCAUGUGUAUCUGAAAGAAGACAAAGGGAAAAAAGCACACCUAAGCUCAUGACAUGAUGCUAAGUGUAUUGUAAGUACCUGUAAAAAUCUCUCUGUUAUAUGGCUGCUAUUUACUUAAAUUUUCUGUAAACUGCAGAAUAUUUGAUUCAUUGGAGGUCUGUAUAUCAAAAUUUAAAAGUUCUUCCUGAAUACUUCACAUUACAGAUCCUGUACACCUGUGGAUAGUUGCCUGUAGUGAAGAUUGAUGGUUCAGUUCUUUUCACAAUUUCAGCAAACUACUGAGUGGUGGUUAAGGUGCCCUAAAGAAGGAAGCUUUCCAAUAAAUAGUAACUAUAUACUAAUUCACUGGGUUCUGGAGUAGCCUACAGAUGAGAGCUGAAAAUUUUUAAAAUAAACUCAUGUUUAAACCAGA